AUGGCGAUUGUUCUCUCUGGAAAAAACACUAACAGGAUCCCUCAGUCUGCUGAGGAAGAUGACCUACUAAUGAGGAGCUCAAAAAAGAUCAAGAAUGUAUCACCGCAUGCGAACGAAGAAGCUAAUAUGGAUCAAUGGCCGAAGCUAGGGACGAAGGCUAAACCUUAUCAAAAGACUGGUCUCUCCUUCGCAGAAACUUUGAAAAGUGUUAACAGGCAAGAAGAAUGCACUGAGGAUGAAAAAGAAGUCGAUGAUGAAAUGUCAGAGGACUCGCUCUCUGAUAGUUUGGAACUAGAACAGGGGAAGAAGGAGCCACUGGUGAAAAUAAGGGAGGAUCCAACAAGGAACUUCCCGAUGUUCCAUUUCUCUGGAAGACUAAAGAAGAAACUCUAUAGGGCUUGGAAAAAGGCUGUGAUAGUGAAGCUGCUAGACAGGCACAUUGGAUACAAGGCUUUAGAAUCCCGACUACAAGCCUUGUGGGCGAGGAAAGGAGUUAUUAGUCUAAUCAAUAUAGGCUAUGGUUAUUUUGAACCGAGGUUUAACCCAGCAAAAGCUACCAUUGACAAAGUUGCAGUUUGGGUGAGACUUCCAAGAAUCUCUCUUGAGUAUUAUGAUGAAGAAGCAUUGACUAUCAUUGGAAACAGAAUCGGUGAAACUUUAAAGGUUGAUGUGAACACCUCAUGUCAACUCAGAGGCCACUAUGCUCGUAUUUGUGUUCUAAUUGAUUUGGGAAAACAGUUGAUGUCAGGCUUCUCUUUAGACAGAGAGGAGUAUUUCGUGGAGCAUGAAGGUUUGCACUCACUAUGUGUUAAUUGUGGUGUCUAUGGUCAUCGUUCUGAAACUUGCCCGGCAAAGAAAACAGCAACAAUGAAUCGGGAUAACUAUAAGGCAGAAGAAGUUGCAGAAGGACAAAAACCAGAGACUGCUGGAAAUGGAAUUGUAAUAAAUGAAAAUGAACAGUGGCGGGUGGUCCAGAAAACACGCCGACAGCGAAAAGGGAAGGAGAAACAGGGGGACAUUUUCAGGCAACAGAGCUCUGGAAUACAGUUUGAUUUGCUUGCUGAUAUGGAUAAUAAUAUUGAUUUAACAAAAGAAAUGGAAAAUAACGUCUUACCUGCGAAUCAGAACGUACAAUUUGUGCAGCAUGAUAGUGCGUUUGCCAAUGCAGUCCAGAGUGUGAGGAACAAAAAGAACGUGCAGAAAAGGAGCCAACAGAAAAGGAGUGGAGGUAUCCUGGAAGUGGUCCCAGCACCAAAUGUAGAGACAAGGGUGGCAAGAGAAAUUGAGGGUCGACGUGAGAAAAGUUCACGAGAAUUGUUUACCAACCAUAUUCGGAACAACGAGAUUCAAAUGCUUACAUUAGAAGAGUCCAAAGAGGAUGAUACUGGGCAUGAUGGAAUUAUCGGCGAGAAAGAGAGAGAAUAUACCGAGAUAGGACAAGAGAACAAAGAGAUGGAGUAUCUCGCAGAAGGGUCCCAAUGGCCACAUGAUCCUAAUGAUGCGAGAACAGAUAAUAAAGCUAAUUCAGAUGGGCCAAGUAACUUAAGCCAAAGCCCAAAUGAGGUAGAGAUAAGUGACCAGGAGAUUGGGUCGUUUGUUCCAGCAAUGGCCAUCGAGAAUUAA